AUGGCUAAUUAUUGUAGAUUGUGCUUGAAAGAAUCGGAGACACUUUCAAUCUAUACUUACCAGAAAAAUUAUACAAUUACUUACUGGAUCACUGCUGUUAUUCCUGAGUUGAUUUUCGAAGAUAAUGAUCCUUUCUCAAAAGGAAUUUGUCUUGAAUGUUUGGACAUAAUAAUGAAAGCGAAUGAGUUAAAAAGGCAAAGUAUCGCAAAUGAUGCUCAAAUGAGAGAAAGAUAUGAGAAAGUUGCUUGGGAUACGGAAUGGAUUGAAAUGUGCAAUAUUAAAAAGGAAGACGAUACUUCGGAUCCUCAAAUAUCUUUAAAAUCUAAUGUCAGAAAUGUUCCAAAGAAAAGAAUGGAACUUCGCCCUCGUGAAAAAUCCACUAAGAAAUCUCCGGAGGGAAAAAAACUGAAAAAAGCUUGCAGAAGAAAAGAAUUUAUCAUCGACAGAAGAGCACCAAGACCUCGUAUUAUUAAAAACAAGAGAAAGUUAAAAAAUAAAUCUUUAAAAACACAUGUGAGAUACGCAAAAUGUAGUAAAUGUGAAAAAAAGUUUGAUUCCUGGGAAGAGUUAGAUUUACACAGUUUUUUACAUUGUGAUUAUGUUGAAGAAUAUCAAGAUCCAAAUCCCCAAAAAGAGUUUGAAAGUGACGACAUUGUGAUUUGUAAUCGAUGUUCAUAUAUUUUCAAAGAUUUUGAUGACAGUAUAAGUCACAUAGAUGGGCAUAACAUGCCAAUUACACAUCGUUGUCUGAAAUGCAUGAAAAUGUUUCCUUUUGGUAAAAAGUUACUUCGUCACUUACAACGUUAUUCAUUUUAUCGUUAUUGUGACUAUUGUGGAUAUUCUGCAAUGGAGAAAAAAGCACUUCGAGAUCAUAUACUUACUGUUCAUUUUCAUAAGCAUUUAUAUUUAUGUCAAUUAUGUGGAUAUAAAGCAACAACACAUCAUUCACUCCGUGGCCAUAUGCGAUCAAAACACACCGCGAAGAAAUUCAAAUGUGCUUUAUGUCCAAAAAUGUUUAUGAGCUCAACUUCAUAUCGUAUUCACCAAAGCACUCACAACAAUAAAUAUAAUUACGAAUGUCAAACUUGUUACAGAAAAUUUAAAACAUCAUCAUCUCUUGUUCGUCAUAAUCGUCUUCAUAAGCCUGAGAAAUUAGAAGAAAUUAAAAAGAAAUACGGUUGCGAAUUUUGUGGAAAACAGUUCCUUGGUAGCUAUGCAUUGAAUCGUCACAUUAAUACAAAUACAGGAGUAAAACCAUUCAUUUGUAACUUUGAUGGUUGUGGAAAAGCUUUUCCCGAGAAAUACAUAUUGGAAAUGCAUAUAAAAGGGCAUAAUGGUGAACUUUUAUACAGAUGUCACUUUGAAGGAUGUCAAGAAGCUUUUAAGUCAAGAUCGCAAUACAAAAUACAUAAAGAAACUCAUCCAACUCAAGAUAUAAUCAUAGAAGCUUUUGAAAUUAUUUAAAAGUUUUUCUUUGUAUGCCUAUUAUAAUACGUAUAAUAAAAUUAUUUGCAGUAAUGCUUUUAUUUAUUACAUGCUCGUAAUUUUAAUAUCUAAUCAGUUUUAUUUUUUGAAUUUAAGUUUGAAAUUUGUUAAAAGAACAAAUACAAUAACGGAAAAAUUAUUCAAAUUUUGUUAUCUUCAGUAAUGCCGUUAGGCGGUUUGAAUAAUCAAAACAAUCUUGACAAACUUG